GGCUCUAGGCCAUUGUCAGCCAGCAGCGACCACAGGCUCUGGCUCGUGUGCCGCGUUCAUUCCAGCUAUCUGGGAGGGAAGGAACAGACCUUGGGAUAGUGCAGAGUGGGAAGAAGGGGUUUCCAAACACCACAGGCGGUCAAAGCAGCGAUACGAACAUAUCCGCCCCGUACCCCAACCUCCCCCUUCCUUCCUACUGGUUUCGGGACGAUAUUUGUGACUUUGACCGACCCUUUUCCGAGCCUCUGCUCUAAAUCUCUUGCAUAUCAAACUUGGGCAUACAGCUCGAUCGACCUGAGAAAGCUCUGUCUCACCUCACGACAAGGUCCAAAGAGGGAGGGAUCUUAUCGCAUUGCACCUCAGCCAAAAUGUUGUGGAGAUUCGGCUAUGCGUCGACGUCGUCGAUAGACUCUCUGCUCAAUCGAGAGCCUCCGCCGUCCAUGGAGGAAUUGAUGAACGAUCAGGAUAUCUUGUCCGAGUGCAAGGCCAUGAAUCAAAAACUCAUGCACUACCUCGGAUCCAAAGACGCCGUCAAGAGCCUCUUACAUUGGGUCAUUGUAGGAUUGGACGACCUCGAUUCAGAAGCUGCUCUGGCAGAUUCUCAGCUCCUUGACCACGCCAUGAACAGUUCGGACGUAUUUCCGGCUUAUCGACCUGCGAGCGGGACAGAUAUACUCGGUACGAGUCCAGAUUCACCACCGCUGGAGCCUGCCAAGAUGGCAGAUGAAUCUAUUGAUGCCAUCUCAUCCAUGUCUACGCCCGAAAACGAUUCUGAGUCGAGUCAGCUUGGGACAGCAUCGAUUAUAGGUCUUGGACGCGGCUUGGAACGUCAGCAAAGCAGCGAUGAGUUAUAUAGAGCUAGAUUCCCCUUGAUAGCGACGGAGAUCCUGACAUCGGAGAUGUGGACGAUCGGAGACUGCAUCAUGUCGAAUGCAGAGGAGAUCCUGAAACCUUUCUGGGAUGCUGUCUUGCCCAAUGCGGAGCCCUCGACUCCCAGUACAGAGUCCUCUGUAUCUCGGCAGGAGAUAACGGAAAGAGAGCGGAUAUCCUAUCAAUUCAGAACGGAUGUCGACGAGGAAAGGGAUAGAAAGAGGGAAAUGUUGAGGUGUCGAUGGGCUAGAGUCAAUGGACAUCUACUGGCGAAGAGACCGUCAAAGAUGAUCCAAUUCAUUCAAUCUUUGCCCAACAUUGUCGAGCGUUUGGUGCUACGUCUCUCAAGUACAGCGACCCAGGACCUCCUCAUACGGAUCAUCGCGAGCGAAGAAGACGGAGUGGAAGGCACCCCUGGGGUCAUAGACUGGCUAGCAGACGAAGGUUUGAUGCCGAAAUUGGUUUCGCUUCUUGGGCCCGAGCAUCCACCAUCACUACACAUUGUCGCUGCGGACAUUCUUACCUCCAUCAUUACUCUCUGCACCCCACCAGCGUUCAACCCAGCCGGGGGGAACGCUCCGGAACAGCCUCCCACUGCGGAUGGUCAACAAGCCCAAACGCCCAAGGCAAGAGAUAACCGCUUGAUCCGCGAGCUGGUCUCUGAGCCAAAUGUCUCGACCAUGGUUGGCUUCAUGCUUGACUCUGUACAACUUUCAGACGCAGAUUGGAAAGGCUUAGAGGAUAGCAAAUCACCGCCUCAUCCCGCAGACCCCUUCAUCGUCCAUCCGUUACCUUCUCUUGCUUCGUCCACCUCCUCCGUCUCGGCCAUAUGCGCCAUUGUCGUUGAGUUGAUUCGACGCAACAAUUCCGACUUUUCCGAAUCCCACCUGUUCCAUACGCUGCGCAACCGACUCAUGUGGAUACGUAUGAAGACACCUGAAAUUGCGGAAGCCGAGGAGGAUUUGGCAAGGGCGGAGAUGGAGAAGGAGUUGGCUCAAUGUGUUGCCAAGCACGGUAUAGUCCAUCUUGGGCACAUUCUGUCGACAUUUUCCAAGCGAUUUGGCGAGUUGCACCGGCUGCUCAUGUCUCCUCGGACCCAGGCCAGACUGGCAUCCUCUGAGAACAGUGCACCGCUCACCCUCGAAAGGUUCCGAGUUGUCGAAUUAUACGCCGAGCUCUUGCACAGUUCCAACAUGUCUAUCCUGAAUCGACCUAUCGAAUCAGGACCAGUGUACUCAUCGUCUGGCAUACUCUCCGGGGGGCUUGAAGGUCUCGAAGCGCUUGGAGAAGCCAUCGAAGCGGAUCGCAUGGGCGACGCGGACGAUGCGAAUCCUGAAGAAUUGGUCAAGCCGGCUCGCGAACUGCCUGUCAGCAGUAGCUCAGCAGGAUCAGUCAGCGGCUCGGACGUGGCUUCCGAUGAGGAGGAUCUAGGUGCCUCAGACGACGACGAUACGCCGUCGCCUUCUCCAGCGGCAUCUAUGACGUUGCCGAUGCCAGGCCCAUCCUCUACUCCGCGAGCGAGACAUGUAGAGCCUCCGAUAGCAUCACCCACAGACGUUAUUUCACCCCUUGCUUCGCCGGCCACAGAGGAGCCAAUCCCGCCGCCGCCAUCCAAAGCGGACGCAGCGGUGUUGCGGAAUGUUAUGGAGGAGGAGGAUUUCAGCGCGGUCGCAGAAGACGACACGCCGACACCUCGUAAUUCCAUGGAGACAGCGUCGAACUUAGACACUGCAUCAAACGUCGCUGUAGCAGCCACCACAGUGGCUCCGUCCGUCGUCAGCGAAGCCCGCACCAUGGGCGAGGAGUCGCGCCAUUCAAAUGGAGACUCCCAGUUGGCCCCAGGUGAUCGAUUAAAACAGAUUUACAUAACACAUCGAGUUCUGCCUACCGUUAUCGAUCUCUUCUUCGAAUAUCCGAAUAACAAUUUCCUACACCAUGUCGUUUACGACAUGCUACAACAGAUUUUAAAUGGUCGUCUGGGUCCUGGUUGGAACAGAGAGUUGGUCAUUGACCUGAUCAAAGAGGCCAAAUUGAUCGAGAGAAUUAUGGCCGCUCAAAAGUAUAAUGAUAACAUUGUGCGGCAGCGAGGCGUCGCUCGGAUGGCUUGCAUGGGUCACGUCGUGCUGAUCGCUGAGGAACUCGUCAAGUUCUUCGCCAGGUGCCCGCAGGACCUGAUGGAUAUUGUACAAGCCUACUUUGAUCCAGAAACGUGGGAAAACUUUGUUGAGGGCUCAUUGAGGGAGACGAAGGACAAGGAUACGAGACCGCUGGCUGGAGGAAAGCCGUCCGUCGCCACGGGCACGCCUUAUGGUCACGUCGAGGAAGACUCGAGCGACGAGGAGGAAGAGCCCGCGAGCAAUGCCAAGUUUGGAGAACCUUUGACCCGGACGAAAGCGCAAGAUGGGUUUGCAGAGAGACACGAGGACUCGUUCGCGCAUGGGGAGGCAGAGGACGACGAAAAGUAUUGGGGAUCUACCGGACGUCGUGUUGCAGACUCUUCCGACGAGGACGAGGAUGACGCUGGAUGGUUACGUCCAAGUGUGAGAAACUUUGAGUCCACCAACAGUGACGAGGAGGAUUUUGGAGCAUUCCAAACCAACGCUCCGCAAGCUAAACAUGAUGACUUUGAUGAUGACGACGCGUGGGGCAAUUUCGCCUCUUCAUCUUCCCCGAGCGACGCGGACAACCCAUUUGCAGAUGACAACUUUGCCACGUUCACACCUUCGGUACCACCUGCUCCACCAGCUUCCAAGCGUGAUCACUUGAGCUUGCAGCACGACCCGCUCACCCCGCACGACUGGGCGUCCCAGUUUGAUCGAGAAUUUACAGACGAUCUGGACCCUGUCCCGCUGGAUGAGGCCAAACAGUCUCCCGAAGUCGUGCCUGAAGACGCCGGGACAAACAAACAUGUCGUGGUGCCCGAUAUGGACGAUUCUCCAAUGAACGAGAAGAACUCUCCGUGGACAGCUAUCAACGACCAAGGAUCUCCGAGCCACAAAGCUGCUGGUCCCAGUGAGUGGACAUUGGCAGGUGGAGCAGAAGACGAGGGCGAAGACCUUCCGCCAACCAACAAGCUUUCUGGGUUGAGCCUUACCGCUCCGCCCGAUGUCAAAGAGGCCAAGCGGGGAGCACAGCUCAACGCGGGUCAAAGUAUCGCCAGAGCGCCGUCGCCUUUGCCCAUCUCGGUGCCUCCAUUAACGUCUUCAUCCCCAACGCUCUCUGCUGGGAUACUCUCGCCGAGACGCGGAUCCAGAGCGCCCACAUCGCCCAUUACCAUUCCCCAGCGAUCGCCUCUGACUCCCGCCGAUGUAUCCAGUCUAGGGCCUAUGAGUCCGUUACCAAUCUCCUCUUCGCCCGUCACGGGUGGCGGAUUGUCUUCCUCUCCCAUCCGACCUGGCACAUCCCCUAGUGCCAUUCGUCCGAGUCUCGGCGCCUCACCAUCUGGUUCAUCACAUCAGCGAUCUUCCUCGUUCAACUCUGCUACGUCUUCGCCCAGUCGCAGGGUCAGACGAUUGAGUAUGGGCUCACCGGCGGAUAAAUCCCUCGCGGCAGUAGCUACGAAGGAGAUGCCUCUAGGACCAGGCGUAAGCCCCGAUACGCAAAUGACACCCGAAGGUUUGCUUCAGAAGACCAUUGAUGGGAGGAGUGUGGUAGUCCCAGCCGAUGAGAUUGUCAGAGGGGUGGAAGAGGCCCAAGCGGAGAGAUUUGACGACGAAGCGGUGGAGUGAAUAUACAGUAGUUUCCAUACAUUUUUAGCAUGAGCACGAGCGCAUUUGACACAUGAGGCUUCUAGUAAGUAUGUAAUAUUGCAUCGGUCUUGGGUGGAGGUCAGGGGGGAGCAGAACACUACCCAACAGAUCAAAUUCAUGGGCAGAUUUCUUCCCUCUUUAAAGGAUCUCGGUGUGACCCGUCAUUCGUGGGCUUGCACAU